AUGUCACAACCCAUGCCAGAGUUGGGUAUAUUUAGUGCUGAUGACUACUAUCCGGUUCCCUCAACCAGUGUGAUUACCUAUAAUGAAUCAAGAACUAACAAAAUAAGGAAAACUGUUUCUAAGGCGGAUAUAAUAGCAUUGAUCACCUAUCUAUCAUCACCAAUUGACCCUGUUGAUUAUACCAUAUUUUCCGAUUUCUUCCUAAUUUAUAGAGACUUCCUAUCACCCAAUGAGUUACAUGAAUUACUAAUAUUACGAUUCCGAUGGUGCAUCCUUGAAAUUCUUGAAAAUAAAAAUGUUGAUGUCGAGAAGCAGAAAGUAGGUGAAGUGGCACUCAUAAGGACAUUUGUAUUAUUAAGACACUCCAUUUUAAACUAUUUUGUUCAGGACUUCCUGCCUGAUUCACACUUGAGAUAUAUGCUGCUGAACUUUUUAAAUGAUAACGUUUAUCAAACGUCACCCAGAAUUGUAAGUGGUUCUAUUGUAAAUUUGAAAAGAGCCUGGAUACAUUCAGCAAAACAAACCUGGGAGAAUAUACCCUUUAAUGAACCUAGUUCAGUUGACUUCAAUGAGUGGCUUUUGUUUGAAAUAAAAGAUGUCAUACAAAUGGAAGAACAAUUGAAACGAGGUAGUCGAUUGAGUGAAUAUGCUAUUCAAGGAAGUUCAAGUCCAGAUUUUCGAAAUAGAAGCGUACUAUCUCUCUAUAACAGUACAGACAAUUUUAAAUUACCAGAAUCGUUAGAUUUCAAUUCCAAUAGAACUAAACAAACAGCAUCAAUGAUGUUAUACCCUAAUGACAAUUCCAAUAUACCCAAAAUUCCAAUUCCCAAAGGUAAAGAGCCUUUAAAGAUAACACUAAUUAAUGACAAUAAAAACGAUAUUCGAAAAAUCAGCCACUUAUCCAAGAUUGCUCAUAUGUCAACAGUAAUUAAAGAUGUUGAUUAUCCCACCUCACCUGCAAUCAAUAGAAUAAUACCACCUACUCCUGCUAAAAAAGUUGAAUUCAUCUUAAACUCACUUUAUAUUCCCGAGGAUAACGACGAAACUAUAGAAGAUAAUCCAAGAGUCAAAUCCACACCUCCACCAAUUCAAUCAUCUUUACUUCAAAGAGGUGCUAUUGGCCUGUUGGCUAGGUGGAAGAGAAAUCAUACACGCAACUCAAGGAAAGAGAAAAUAAAAACCACACAAUCUGGCGUGAAUACACCUAUUUCAAAGCCAGAUAUGGAUAACUUCGUCAAGUAUGUCAUAUCUAUAACAUCCUUAGAAAAUACUAAAAGCCAUGCUUCCGGAGAAAUAAAUGAUAUGAUAACGUCCAAAUUCGAUAUAUUAAGUGCAAGAACAAUCGAUGAAGUUGAAUAUCUAAUAUCGUUAGAGAAUGAGCUUCAACAGAAGGUGAGAGGCCAGGCGAACUUGAAUAAUAAUAAUCUGAAAUCCAUUGGUCUUGAAAAUACAAUGCCAUUUGAACCUCCAAAAGAUACUGCCAAUUUUAGUGCGAUGGAUAAUUUGGAUCUUUAUAAGACUGUCAGUUCACUUGCACAAUCGGUAAUUUCAUUAUCCAAUACUUUGAACAAGUCUACGAAACUUAAGAUAGUUAAUAGUCCGUCUUUAUCAGCGCUUGAGAGACGUAUGGUGAUGAGUUCUUUUCCUGCUUUAAAUGGCAAGGUAAGUUCAUCAUCGAAAAUUGGAAUAGAAGACGAAUUAGUCAUAAAUAUCACCCCACCAAGAGCAAAAAACGAUGGACCUCAAAGAUUGGUAUUCCAUGAUGAUGGUAGUACAUUAUCUUUACCACAAACCCCCACUAAAUCUAAUAGGAAAUCGAAUAUUCGACAUUCUUCUCCCUUAAAAAAUGUAUUACCAAAUUUAAAUGAAGUGGAUUUGUCUGAUAGCGUGUGUUCAGAUGAUGAAUCAUUUGUUUCGACGAUAAGUUAUGACUCACUGUUAUCUUCUAAAUCAUUUAAACAUAAGUCAUCAAGAAGAAGCAAUUUAUAUAGUCGCCCUCUGACCUUUAAGAACGAAGAACAAACGUUAAAAAAAAAAACAGCAAGCAAAAAUUUAAGAGAGUUCACAUUUGAAACAUCGAAACUAUCUUUACCAAGCCCUACGAAAUCGCAAGGGAGUCCAAAGGCUACUCAUAUUCGACAACAACAUCAUUUGACUCCACCCGUAUCCUUAUCUCCAACAGAUCCGUUAAAGAUGGAAGCUGAAGAUCAUCUUUCACCAUUAAAUAAACUAACGCCACAGACAGCAAUACGACCAGCCAGUGGAAGAAUUAGCAUCUUAAGAAAAUCCCUGUCUAUUACACAAGCCAGAAGAAAUACAUAUGCGGGCCCUCCAAAAGCUGAUCUACUGAGAGAUCCUGAUUUUAUUAAGAAGGAGAGAUCUCUCAUUGAAAGUGAACAUCAACUACAAGAGUUACAAGACGACCUAUUAGAGAGAACUUCUUUACAAUCCAGCGUUGCCACAGAUAAUCUGUUCAAUUCUAGGAAAAACAGCCCCAAGAAAGUAACCGCUGAGAAUAAAGUCAGACUGUCAACAACACCAAGCAUUUAUUCCAUCUUAGAUGAUAGUUCAUUAUCAUCGGGCAACACUUCGUAUAACGAUCCUGCACGAGAUAGCAUGCAAUUCACAAAUGAUAAACGGAUCGACUUGAGGGAAGUUUUCCAUAAUGGAUCUGUUCAAAAUGUAAUUUCUAAUGAUUUAUCAAGCGACGCCAUAUCUGGUCUUUCUGAACUAAAAGAUAACGGAAUAAAUGGUGUUUCCAAUAAAUAUUUAUUUUCCCCUGAGGAGGACAAUACCGACUUAAUAUCACCUGGAAAAGACGUCGAAGUUUUAAAAAACAAGUUCUUAAAAAAUGAAACGUUUGAAGAAGAAUCAGAAUCAAUUAUUGAUGGUAUCCAAGAAGCCUCUGACGAGGGUGCAAUGCCAAACGUGGACUUAGACAAAGAGAAACUCAAAGAUAUUGCCGAUAUUCCGGAUGAUACUGGAAGUGGUGAUCCCAUUUCCAUAGCAAUGAUGAAACUCGAAGGUACUUAUAAGACCAACGAUGAUGACAACAAAACUCAUGAGGAUAGUUCAAGUGUUCAGGAUCUUAUCAAAGAAGUGGAGAUGUUAAAUUUGAAAAAGUUACCGACUUUCCCAAAGAGCCCAUUAGAAAAAAGAAAAUCUUUGAUGAUUGAAAGAAGAAGACAAACUAUUAUGAAUAUACCAUUCACUCCUCAGAAUUCAGAAGAAGGUCUUGCAAUUGAAGAUAAAUGUGUUUCCCCAUUACAGGUUCAGACCUUAGUAAUGAAUUACGAAGUUCAAGAUUCAUCUCUACAAAUUUCCAAUAAUGAACAUCAUAUUCCAUUUAUUCUCAUGUAUGACUCUAAAUCCAUUGCAGAACAGAUGACGUUGAUUGAGAAGGAACUCUUGUCAGAAAUUGAUUGGAAAGAUUUGCUGAAUUUGAAAAUUCAAUACAAAGGGAAGGCUGUUACAAGUUGGCUACAAUUACUGAUCCAAAAUGAAACGCUUUCAGGAGUUGACCUAGCCAUUGCUCGAUUCAAUCUAACAGUUGAUUGGAUUGUAUCUGAAAUUACUCUUACACGCGAUGUUAAAAUGAGAAGAAAUACAAUUCAACGUUUUAUCCAUGUAGCGCAAUAUUGUCGUGAAUUUCAGAACUAUAAUACGCUAAUGGAAAUUAUUUUAGCUUUAAGCUCAAUAGUCGUACAAAAAUUCACUGAUGCCUGGAGACUGAUUGAACCCGGUGAUAUGUUGCUGUGGGAAGAGCUUAAACACAUACCUUCAUUAGAUAGGAACUACUCGACAAUCAGGAACCUACUGAAUUCUUUAGACCCCAAGAAAGGUUGCAUUCCGUUUAUUGUUGUUUAUUUAUCUGAUUUGUCAUUGAACUCGGAAAAGAGAAACUGGAUUGUGGAUAGAAAAGUAGUUAAUUAUCACAAGUUUGAAACGAGCGUACAGAUAGUAAAGAACUUCAUCCAGAGGGUACAAUGGGCUAAAUUCUAUAACAUUGAGGUUGACCAUGAAUUGUUGAGUAAAUGUGUGUAUAUUACAUCCCUCACUAACAAGGAAAUUGAUGAACUCGCUGCACUUAAGUAA